AUGCGUGCACACAUCAGGCUGUGGAACCAGCCCAUGACACAUAUAAUAAUGUCACGGUCUACUUUGCUGAGCGCAAUUGAGCACUCCACUGCGAGUGCUCUUGUGCUUACAACCACGAUGAUAGUCGACAAGUCGUCCGACGGAGUAGACCCGCAGCAGCCUCUCGCUGGCCCGUCUAGAUCCGCCGGUCUCCAGCCGCCAUCCUUUGAGGAGAGCAUGCGCGACCAAGCACUGCCCAGCUAUAGUGACCAGUUCCCAGAGUCGUCGGAGGUGUACGUGCCCCAGGGCGGCGAGGCACCUCCGCCCGAGUUCACGCCAUACGAGGCGGAGUACUUCGUCUCCGGCGGGGCCGGCGACAUCGUCUCGCAUGACCGGCAUCUCAACGAAGACGGGGAGGCGCUGUACCGUUUCCUGCUGUCGCACUCGCAGACGCCGCCGACCCUCGUCCUCCAUGUGCACGGCGACCACACCGAGUCGCGCACGCGCUGGGUGUCCCGCAGGGACAACGACGGGAACCACCGCACCGAGCCGGAGUACUACACGGAGGAGGUGGUAGAUUUUGACUUCUCCAUUGAUGUGGGGCAGCACAUCGCCGCAGGGCCUGUGCACUGGAGCCUCCCGGACAAUGAGCCCGCGUACAGAGGCAAGAUGUACAAGGAAGUGGAUGACCAUCUCUCGCUGCAGCUCGAAGGCGACAUGUUACUUGGUUUGACGAGGAGACACUCGACGAGGCGGGAAACGAAGCUCGCGAAGGCCUCGCAAGCGGAGAGAGCAUCAAAGGGGCUGCCUCCCUGGGCGACGCUACAGCUUGGCUCCAACAGAAACGACUCGUCAAACCUACCGAUCGGCGCCCAGCAGGCGCAGGUGCUCAAGUCGUCGAGAACUCUGCGGCAGUGGGCCGACGAGUACUGUGCAAGCGACAAGCUUCUCAAGGAGUUUACCUACGAAAAGACCGUGUGCGGCUGGAACUUUGCCAACCUCGAGACCGCCGUGAAUGCCGCGAUCAAGUCCACGUACUUCAGUGGGCGGGUAACUGUCGAAUUCAAGCUCACCAACGCCCAGAUCCACGUCCGGCCGGACAAUGGCCUCUCGCGCACGCUCUCUAACAAGUGGCUGAAGGUGCUGCUCUGCGUGUUGCUCAUCUUCCCGUUCAUCUGGCUGUACAGACGCUUCGGUCGGCGAGGCGGCGGGCGGUGGGAGGUCUGCGGGGGCGCGUACUUCCUCAAGUCGUGGCAGCCCGUGGACCCGGACGCUCCUCCGCCGCCGUUCCCCGGCGAUGGACGGACAGUGCACACGCAGGCAGGGAAUGCCCGCCUGGUUGGGAUGCGUGAAGGCGUGUGGUUCCAGCGCUGGGAGGGCACGAUCCGGCGUGCGGUGACGGGGAGGCUGAUCUCGACCACACCAUUGAAGGAGCCGGAUGACGGGCCUUUGCAUGCUGCGUUCAUCCUUGACGGGUAUCCUGCGGUGAUGCACCACUGA